AUGGCGGACGACGAGAAGCACCCUUGUAAUCCCCCGCCUGCGUACCUCAGCUUCGAAGAGGUGUCCAUGGAUCCGCAUGUCUCUUCUGAUCCUUUUGGCUCCGCCAACCCCUCCUCGAUAGAGACUGGCCGCACUCACCACACUCUAUGCGACGACACGUACCCAGGCAGGGGGCUGAAGUCGUGCUUGACGGUCUUUGGAGCCUUCCUAUCUCUUUUCUUCACAUUUGGGCAGAUGAACGCGUUCGGCACCUUCCAAGCGUGGUACGCCACCCACCAGCUGCAGCACCUGCCACCGUCUACAAUAUCAUGGAUCGGCUCUCUGCAGCUUUGGAUAUUCUUUUUUUCUGGUGCUUGCAUAGGUCGGAUGUUCGACGCGUACGGGCCGACCGGGUUAAUGACGGUCGGAACGUUGUGCUACCUCGCGAGCAUUAUGUUCACGAGCGUGUGCAAGGAAUACUAUCAGUACAUCCUCGCCCAGGGCGUGCUAUUCGGCCUUGGAGUUGGCCUGCUGUUCUAUCCUUCUCUGGCUAGCGUUUCGACGCACUUCUCAAAAUACUGCGCGACAGCAUUGGGCAUCGCAGCCGCUGGAUCAAGUCUAGGAGGCGUCGUAUAUCCCAUCAUGCUCCAACACCUGUUCGAGACCGUUGGUUUUGGCUGGGGCGUCCGAAUCUCUGGCCUUAUCAGCGGCGUAGGGUGCGCAUUAGCGACGUUGAUGACCACUAGCCUGUCUGCACAGAAGAAACCUGCACCUUAUUUCGAUCUCAAGACCAUCGCAGACGUCCCAUUCGCACUUCUCGCUGCAGGAAGCUGCUUCGUCGCGUUAGGUCUCUUUAUCCCAUUUUUCUACGUUGUGGAGCAUGCCAGGCAUCUCGGGGUUUCAGAACACAUGUGUUUCUACGUGCUGGCGGUCAUGAACGCAGGCGGGGUGCUCGGUCGUAUCGCACCUGCGUAUCUAUCCGACAGCAUCGGGAGAUACAACCUCCUCACGCCCGCCGCCUUCCUGUCUGGGCUCGCCUGCCUCACCCUCUGGCUCAACGCGCACACCCUCGCGACGCUUAUGGCGUUUUCUGCAGUCUACGGGUUCUUCUCCGGCGCAUUCAUCUCACUCGUCAACCCUUGCGUGGUGCAGAUAUCGGAGAUAGGUCAGAUCGGUGCAAGGAUUGGGAUGCUGUAUAGCAUCAUUUCGUUUCCGUGA